AUGUCCGCCGUUACACCAGAAAAGCACAAUGGCGGCGGCGACGCCCGCGGCGGUGGAGUCAUGAACGACCUCGAGCGGACCAUCAGCAACAGCUUCGUCAACGUCGACGGCGCCGUGUCCGUGCCGCCCAACGAAAAGUCCGCGAGGGUCGUCACCGACGAGGAGAGCCAGCAGCAGGUCGACGACAGCAGCGAUGCGACGGCCGUCGACGAGGGCAACUCGGGAGGGGCGGCGCCCGAUGGCGGGAUGCAGGCAUGGCUGGUUGUCCUUGGCGCGUGGUGCGCUUCGUUUUGCAGCUACGGCUGGAUCAACAGUGUCGGCAUCUUUCAGCAAUACUACGCCGAGGGGCCGCUCAAGGAGUACUCGGCCAGCCAAAUCUCAUGGAUCCCCGCGCUGCAAAUCUUCUUCAUGUCCUUCAUGGGCCCGCCCAUCGGCGUGCUGUUCGACAAGUACGGCCCCGAGCGGCUGCUCGUCGCCGGCUCCUUCCUGCACGUCUUUGGCCUGAUGAUGGCGUCCAUCUCGACCGAGUACUACCAGUUCCUCCUCUCACAAGGCGUGUGCAGCGCCAUUGGCGUCGCCGCCGUGUUCCUCUCGGCGAUUGCCUGCGUAAGCGGGUGGUUUGACCGGCGGCGCGGCCUCGCGUUCGGCCUCCUCGCGACGGGCUCCAGCCUCGGCGGCGUGGUGCUGCCCAUCAUGGUAACGCGGCUGAUCGACGGGGUCAGCUACGGCUGGGCGAUGCGAACGGGUGCGUUCCUCAUCGGCGCGCUGCUCAUCGUGAGCAUCUGCACGGUGCGCCGCCGCACCUCGAUCGCGCCGCAGACGAGCUUUUCCGCCGCGCAGAUGAAGGCGCCCUUUAAAGAGGUGCCGUUCAUCUUCAUCCUCGGCGGCCUCUUCCUCAUCCCAUUCGGCCUGUACACGCCCAUCAACUACCUGCCGACGGCGGCCGUCGACGGCGGCAUGGACAAGCAGCUAGCGCAGUACCUGGUGAGCAUCUACAACGGCGCGAGCCUGAUCGGCCGGCUGAGCUCGGGCAUCCUCGCCGACCGCUUCGGCCGCUUCAACGCCUUCAUCGCGUCGUGCUACAUUGCGGGCGUGCUGGUGCUGGCCAUGUGGAUACCGGGCACCGAGAACGCGACGACGAUUGCGUUUGCCGCCAUGUUUGGGCUGUUCUCGGGGGCGUACAUUGCGCUGCUCGUCGCGCUGAUUGCGCAGGUGUCGCCGAUCCGCGAGAUUGGCUACCGCAACGGCAUCGCGUGCCUGGCGCAGUCGGUGGGCGGCCUGCUCGCGACGCCGAUUGCGGGCGCCAUCAUCGACAAGCCCGGGGGGCUGGUGGGCAUCAAGGUGUACGCGGGCGUGUUUCUUGUGACGGGCACGACGAGCGUCAUGAUUGCGCGCCUGGUAUUGACCAAGUUCAAGCUCAAGGCUGUACUGUAG